ACCAUUCGCCUACUAGUUACGCUUUUUGUUACGUGGUCAGUAAAAUUACGGAAAUAAAUGUUGAGGAUUUAAUCGCAGGUGUUUGUUGAGGUGCUUCAUCUACGAGAAUAUCUAGAGUUAGAUAAAUCUACCGGAACUGAAGAAUGUCCUCAGCCUGUGUUCAUUUGCAUGCACUGUCCUAUUUGAUUUAGACGUCAGGGAAUCCAAAAUUCUGAUCUCGGUGAGCAGUCGCAGAAUCUUCUCUGAGAACGCUGCAGACAGAAUGUCAGAAGGAGACAGUGCUGGUGAAUCCAUCCAUGGGAAACCAUCAGCGAUCGGAAGCUUCUUUAAACGGCUUGGGCAGGUUUAUCAGUCAUGGUUGGACAAGUCAACACCAUUCUCAGCAGUGCGAUGGGCGAUCACUCUUCUUCUAACGGCCAUAUAUAUGAUCAGAGUAUAUAUACUACAGGGGUGGUACAUAAUCACAUAUGCUCUUGGGAUCUACCACCUUAAUCUCUUCAUUGCUUUCCUCUCACCAAAAGUGGAUCCCUCAUUGCUUGAUGAUCCAGAUGAGGGUCCAGCACUACCCACAAAACAGAAUGAGGAGUUCCGGCCGUUCAUCAGGAGGUUGCCAGAAUUUAAAUUCUGGCAUUCAGCGACAAAAGGCAUCGUCAUCGCUAUGAUUUGCACAUUCUUUGAAGCCUUUAAUGUGCCAGUGUUCUGGCCCAUCCUCGUAAUGUAUUUCAUCAUGCUUUUCUGCAUCACCAUGAAACGGCAGAUCAAGCACAUGAUCAAGUAUAGAUACCUGCCCUUCACACACGGGAAGAGGACUUACAGAGGCAAGGAAGAGACAGAGAAAACCUUUGCUAGUUAAAAUUCCCCUUCCUGAAAUUAAAGUUAUUGAUGAAGAAUGAGGAAACAUAAAGUUGAGUGCUUUAACUAUUACAAAUGGAUGGAGAGAGUUGAGGAGUUUUUUUGUUUUUUAUUUUUCUGUUGCGGGGCCCUAACAACUAGUGUAGAUUUUUAAAUGGAGAGAACUUCAAUCACUUCAAAAAGCAGUGGAGAUGAGGAUUAAAAACUAUUUCAUAUAAAAGUGCAACUUUUUUUUUUUUUUUGGAAGGGGUUAUAUGUAUGUAUGUAUAAUUUUUAUCCAUGGUUCUGAUGUUUGAGGUUUUUUUCAAUGCCAUUGUUCCUGUGUUAAAUUAAUCAUCUUAUUAAAUAAAAUCUGUGUAAUUGAAUCAAUGGAUUAAUUCCUAAAUAAAACAUUGCAUGUUUCUUGUGCUGCUGGUUAAGAGAAACUAAAUGAUUUAAUAUCGAAGUGUACAUUUUUCACUACAAAUGCUAUUAAAAGGCCGUGUCCCUUCACUGCUCAUGAUUUUUUU